AGAUUCCGAUGGAUGGCAGUUGAAGAGGGCGGGUCUGGAAACCAAGGGACCCUAGGUCCCUGGGGUUCCAGGAGCUGCCCCCACCCCCAGAUUCCCUAACUGGACAGCAGGCUCUGCUCAUUCCAGGAGCUACAGCUCUUGCCAGAAGAACCUGAUGCUGAGUACCAGCUUAGGUGCCUGAUUGGGCCCCGAAAUGGGAUGCCAAGCCUCCGUGAGGAGCGCCUCUCUGAGCUGCUGCUGUGACAGCAAGUGAAGAGCUGCCAGAGGAUGUCCACUACCACAGCAGCUGCCCCCACGGGGAUCCCGGCAGCCCCGGGCCCUGUGAACCCUCCCCCACCUGAGGUCUCCAACCCCAGCAAGCCUGGCCGAAAGACUAACCAACUGCAGUACAUGCAGAACGUGGUGGUGAAAACACUCUGGAAACAUCAGUUCGCCUGGCCGUUCUACCAGCCUGUGGAUGCAAUCAAGCUGAACCUGCCUGAUUAUCAUAAAAUAAUAAAAAACCCAAUGGACAUGGGGACUAUCAAGAAGAGACUAGAAAAUAAUUAUUAUUGGAGUGCCAGUGAGUGUAUGCAGGACUUCAACACCAUGUUUACAAACUGUUAUAUUUAUAACAAGCCCACAGAUGACAUAGUGCUAAUGGCCCAGGCUUUAGAGAAAAUCUUUCUGCAGAAAGUGGCCCAGAUGCCUCAGGAGGAAGUUGAACUAUUGCCCCCUGUUCCAAAGGGCAAAGGCCGGAAGCCAGCUGCAGGAGCCCAGAGUGCAGGUACACAACAAGUGGCAGCCGUCUCCUCGGCCUCCCCAGCAGCCCCCUUCCAGAACAUACCCCCCACCGUGUCCCAGACACCCGUCAUUGCUGCCACCCCUGUACCAACCAUCACCGCAAACACCGUCACAUCGGUUCCCGUCCCCCCAGCUGCUGCACCGCCGCCUCCUGCGACACCCAUUGUCCCUGUGGUCCCUCCCACACCGCCUGUAGUCAAGAAAAAGGGCGUGAAGCGGAAAGCGGACACAACCACACCUACAACGUCUGCCAUCACUGCCAGCCGGAGCGAGUCUCCCCCGCCGCUUUCAGAGCCCAAGCAGGCCAAGGUGGUGGCCCGACGGGAGAGCGGGGGCCGACCCAUCAAACCCCCCAAGAAGGACCUGGAAGAUGGCGAGGUCCCACAGCACGCGGGUAAAAAGGGGAAGCUGUCCGAGCAUCUGCGGCACUGUGACAGCAUCCUCCGGGAGAUGCUGUCCAAGAAGCAUGCUGCCUAUGCUUGGCCCUUCUACAAGCCAGUGGACGCCGAGGCACUGGAGCUGCAUGACUACCACGAUAUCAUCAAGCACCCCAUGGACCUCAGCACAGUCAAAAGGAAAAUGGACAGCCGUGAGUACCCAGAUGCACAGGGCUUCGCUGCUGAUAUCCGGUUAAUGUUCUCGAAUUGUUACAAGUACAACCCUCCAGACCACGAAGUGGUGGCCAUGGCCAGAAAGCUCCAGGAUGUGUUUGAGAUGAGGUUUGCCAAGAUGCCUGAUGAGCCCGUGGAAGCACCCGCCCUGGCCGCUCCCACAGCCCCCGUCGUGAGCAAAGGUGCUGAGAGCAGCCGGAGUAGCGAGGAGAGCUCCUCAGACUCAGGCAGCUCCGACUCAGAGGAGGAGCGGGCCACUCGGCUGGCAGAGCUGCAGGAGCAGACUGGCUGCGGAACCUUCCAGGAUCAGCUGUUGAAUGUCUCCUCUGUGCAGCUGAAGGCCGUACAUGAACAGCUGGCUGCCUUGUCUCAGGCCCCAGUAAACAAACCAAAGAAGAAGAAGGAGAAGAAGGAGAAGGAGAAGAAGAAGAAAGACAAGGACAAAGACAAAGAGAAGGAGAAGCACAAGGCCAAGUCUGAGGAGGAGAAGAAGGCCAAGGCCGCCCCACCAGCCAAGCAGGCCCAGCAGAAGAAGGCUCCCACCAAGAAGGCCAAUAGCACAACCACAGCCAGCAGACAGCUGAAGAAGGGUGGCAAGCAGGCAUCUGCAUCCUAUGACUCAGAGGAAGAGGAGGAGGGCCUGCCCAUGAGCUAUGAUGAAAAGCGUCAACUCAGCCUGGACAUCAACCGGCUGCCUGGCGAGAAGCUAGGCCGUGUGGUGCACAUCAUCCAGUCCCGGGAGCCCUCACUCAGGGACUCAAACCCAGAUGAGAUUGAAAUUGACUUUGAGACCCUGAAGCCAACCACACUACGGGAACUGGAGAGAUACGUCAAGUCUUGUUUACAGAAAAAGCAGAGGAAACCAUUGUCAACAAGCGGGAAGAAGCAGGCAGCCAAAUCAAAAGAAGAGCUAGCUCAGGAGAAGAAAAAGGAGCUGGAGAAGCGGCUACAGGAUGUUAGUGGACAACUGAACAGCAAGAAACCCACUAAGAAAGAGAAGUCCAGCUCAGCGCCCUCGGGAGGCCCGUCAAGGCUCAGCAGUAGCAGCUCCUCUGAGUCUGCAAGCAGCAGCUCCAGCGGGUCCAGCUCCGACAGCAGUGACUCAGAGUGAUCUCGGACUGAACAGAGCUGGACAGAUGGACGUGGCACACGCCGACUGCAGUGUCCCCUCCUAUGGUUAAUAUACUUUCGUUCCAUGGUGUGCAGGUUUUCUUUGACUUCAGUGUUAUGAUCUCUUCCAGCUGUGCUCCGGUAGGGCGGAGAGCCUCGCACAUGCACCAGACCCCAAGAGAGGGCCGAGCUCGGCGGGAAAUGCCUUUGCAGCUUGGUUUAGUUGUUUUGGAGACUGCGUCCUGGGAUGCUAACCUGAUAACCAUAGACACAGCGCUGUGGGAGGCGUGGCUGGACCUGCCCAAUACCUCUCUAGGCCCAGCCUCGCCCUUAGUAACUUGAAGGAAGCUUUUCAAGGGUAUUGCUCUGGAAUGGGUUCUGUGUUUGAAAGCUGUUAGAACACUAACCAGCAGGUUACUUCUCUCUGCAGGGGCUGAGGACAGAUGUGUCAGCCCACGGAUGAGACUGGGCCCCAGCGGAGGGUCCUCGUAGCUGCAGACCAGAGCCUCCCACCUCUGAGUUGGGCGUGGAGGAAGAGGGGUGCUGAGUUCUCUAGCCCUAUGGCUGUGUGUACAGCGUGCAGGUUUCGGGACACCGAAACUUUUACCUCAAUUUAAGGGAAUAAAAACAAAAAGAUUAAAAAAAAACAAAAACAAAAACAAAAAAAAAAAAAACAAGAAAACUUUUUUGUAAGUUCAUCCAUUUUCUACAGAAGUCCAGCCCAGCGUGCCCCACUUUGCUAGCGCUGCCUGGCUGCCGCCGCCUCCCACUCUGAACCACCUCCCCAGUUUUCUGUAUAUAUAAAUACUUUAUUUAUUAACAUCAUUGGUCAUUUUUAAAAAAAAGAAAAAGAAAAAAAGAAAAGAAAAAACCAUAAAUAAGUGCAUUAGGAGAAGUAGUGGAGUUGCAGGCCUCUGGCGACGACGAGGAGACCGGACCCGUGGUGAGAAGAUCGGUCCCGUGGCGGCGUGCCCCUCUGGUGCUCAUCACGGCUGGGCGCUCUGGGCUCGUUGGCUUUUUUUUUUUUUUUUUUUUUUUUUUCCUUAAUGAAAUUUGGGGACUUUACAAGUGUAGACACCCUUCGGCUGCAGCACAUCUUCAUUUUAUGUUGUCUGUUCAGUUCUUUCUUGCUAACAUCAACGGAGGGAACCUCGGUUCUUCAACAAGUUUUGUAAGCUGAGAGAAAAGCGAUGUAUAUCAGGCCAAGGUCUUGACAUUUAAUUUUCUAUUGUAAAAAGUAAUAAUAUACAGAGUUUAACAGAAACUUCUGAUCAGUUUGUUGUUUUUGAGGCUUCCAAAUGGUUUUGGAAUUCAGGGUCAGCCUGGAUUACUCUGAGCAUUGUGGCCUCAGCCAGGAGCACACGGGCCACUCUCCCCGGCUUGUAAGUACCUGCCUCUCCAGCCUGUGGAGGCUCUCUUCCUGACCUCUCUACUUUGGACGGGGGCAGAGGUGAGCCUGAUGACCGACCACAGGGCUCCCUGUUGAAGAAUUUCCAGUUAGCCCAGGAAACUGGUUCUUCUGACUCCCCACCUCAGAGCGCCAAGUGCAGAGCCUUGUGGUGGGUGGUUUUACUUGUGGUGGGGGUCCCUGCAGUUUCUUCCAUUGCUUCUAGGCAGAGCCCAGGACUCAUCCUCAACAUCCCUACGUGGGAGAUGCUUAAAAUACCUAAAGUCAAUUCCACCAUCCCUUGUGGAUGUGGACAGGUAGUGGGUGUCAAGCUCGGGAAGUGGCUGGCUGACGGCCAUGUCUAGACGCCUGGUGAGUUAUCAGCCAGUUUGUUAAACUUGUAAGCCAGUUUUGUUUAUAAUAAAAAUAUAAGUGGAUUUUAAGGUUCCAUUUUUUUAAAGUUACCCUUGUUCUUCAAAGGUAUUUUUUAAACAGAUCUUUAAUAGAAUAUUUAAGCUGUGAUUGUAAGAAAUAAACAUGAGGAAAUUGACAGGCCUUCACUUGGGGUCUCUGGUGGCCUACUGUGACAGCCUAGCCAGCGUGCCUAGGCAGGGCACAGUGCCUGGGCAUACACAGAGUGCCUCUGUGAGCUGUCAGGCAAGCAGAGUCCGGCCCUGGAGUGGCAUCCCAGCAGCGGGGCCGUGGUGUAGAGCUGGUUGCACAGGAUGGAGGGUCUGGCAUUUCCACGACUGGUCCCUACUGAGCAGCUUCUGUAAUUGGUGCUUUUAACUUUUUUUUAAAAAAGCUUUUUGUCCAGACAUAAACUGUUUUGUCUCCAGAGUUUUAGAGGCCAUUGGUUCUCACAAUGCCAGGCUGCAGGGUAACUGCCAUUCCCUUCUGAGUUACAAAGGCUACAGAGACUUAGCUUGCCCUGUACAGAGGUGGAGGGCAGCUGUCCAUAGCUUCCUUGAGGGUCACAUGCAGGGGUGGGGUGGGCACUUGGCAGAGUCUUGGAGGCCGAGGAGUGGGCUUUGGGGUGCAGGCCUCCUCGGGCUGUGUAACUUGGCUUGCUUACAGACUGGAGACAUUUUCUUGUGUGGUUUUCUUGGUUUGUCCCUUUGCAGCUGUCACACUGUUAAAGCCUUGUCAUCCUGUUUAUCACUGUCCCUGCUACUGGUGUAACACUUCCAGAAGCUUUUCUUUUUUAUAUAUAUAUUUAAAAUGUUUCUUUUCUGUAUGAUGUGCAUGCAAGUUUACCGUAACUUUUCUUAAAACUUUUUAGUGCCGUUUCUAGUAUAUUCCUGUAAAUGUCAGUUACUGAAAAUGAGUCCAUUGUAAGUAGUUUUAGCUUGUUUUUUGCAAUGCCGGCCUCAACACCACAGAGUUAAAAACGGUAGGAAGUACUCUGGUGUCUCUGGUAAUCAUGAACCUUUCUCCUGGGGUGUUUGUUUUGUUUUCAUAAUAAAAAGAAGGGGGAAAAGGC